UAGAAAAUGGUUGCCUCCAGUAAAAAUAAAAAUGCGUUUCUCACGAAAUAGAAAAAUUAAGUUAUAUAAGAUCUUAGGAAUUUUAAUAACUGCUGUGAUAGUAAUUUUAUACAUACUAGCCGCAUUAAAACCUAAAGUAACACCAUUAUAUGCCAACGGUGUCGUUGAGGCGAACAUUGGCGAUGUCAGGUUUGACUUCUCUACAGGUGUGUUUACAUUCACGAAUAAAGAACAGAAUGUGUAUUUAAAGGGAUUCGUGUCAGAAACUCUGAGAUCAACAUCAGCUUUAUCAUGUAAACCAAAGAGUAAAGCAUCGGAUAAGAAGUAUUUGUGCUUGGUAUGGAUAAGAUAUGCAAAGUUAGAGGUGAUUCAACAUGAACAUGAUAGCUGCCAUGAUGUCUAUUGGACAUCAACAAGUCGUGACUUCACUCCACAUGAUUGUUUCACCUUACGUGGACCACACCACUGGUUUGGAGGUUCCUUAUUGUCCAGUCAGUAUAUGCCACUGCAGUAUGCUGAUGUUCCGAUGCAGCCAUAUAUCACCAAUGAUAUUUUAUUUAAGUCAAAAGUUGAUAAAGAUCGUACAAAUGUUUUUGGUAAUGUUGUGGAGAGAUUUUGGAUAAAUUCAAAUGGAGUUGGUAUUGUAGUUGAUAGUAGUGUUCCUCUGCACGUUAGUCUGAACGAGUCAGGAAGUAGUCUUUUAUGUUUCAAGGGAGAUUACAAUGAAUCACCAUUCCCCAAUCCAAACAAUGAACCACCAUUUUUGAAAUAUACAAUUUGUAAAGAAGAUAAUGUGAAACUGAUGAGAGAUUUUUUCCAGAGAACUCACUUUGAAAAACCACAGGGAAUUCCUGAUUUGUCUGUAAUGCAGAAGGUCACAUGGUCUACAAAAGCACAGUAUAAAUCUGGAUUGAAUCAGGAUUUAGUUUUAAAAUAUUCAUCAAAUGUUACAAAAAUUGAUAGUAGGAAAAUGAACUUUGAAAUAUAUGAACCUUAUUCAUCUGCAUAUGGAAAUUUUGAUUUUAGAUCAGACUUUUUCAGAAACUCAGCUCAAAUGGUUGGUGUCUUGAAAGAGAACAAAUUUGAUGUCAGUGCUGUUUUAACACCAUUUGUGUCAGUAGACAAUAACACUAAAAAUUUUGCACAGAAUUCAGCAUUAUUUAUUCAUGACAAUGGAGGGAAAGCACCUACACUUACUGGAUGGUAUGGUGGGUUAGUCGGAAUUUUGGAUUUUUCAAAUCCAAAAACACAAGAAUGGUAUAAACAAAAACUAGAAGAUAUGAAAAGUAAUUUCAAUCUCAAAAAUUUUACUUUCCAUGGUUGUGAAACAAAUUUUAUUCCGUCAAGUCAUAAGUCACAUCAGUUCUUAAAAAAUCCAUGUACAUUUAUUCAAACUUUUGUAUCAAAUGUGAUCCAAUAUGGCUGCCAGGUAACUUGUGGUCACAAAACACAAAAAUUCCCAGUCUAUAUACAUCUAAGUAGCAGAGACUCUACAUGGAGCCAUUAUAAUGGGCUCAAUAGCAUCAUUCCUGCUGUUUUGACUCUUGGUAUCCUAGGUUACCCCUAUGUUAUUCCAGAUGUUAUAGGAGGAAAUGGAUUCAAGGGAGACAAUUUAAAUAUGACAGUGUUACCCGAUAGAGAACUGUAUAUACGCUGGUUACAAUUGUCAACUUAUUUACCUGUUAUGAAGUUUUCAAUCCCACCGUGGGAUUAUGAUGAAGAAAUGGUAACAUUAACUAAAACAAUGUUAAAGAAGCGAGAAUCUAUUUUACCUUUACUUCAAAAGGCAGCAAGAGAAGCAGAACACACAGGUGCUCCAAUAAUUAGGCCAUUAUGGUGGGUAUCACCCACAGACCCAGAUGCACUGGCAGUAGGUAACCAGUUCUUGGUAGGAGAAACUUUACUUGUGGCACCAGUUUUGUUGCCAGGGACAACAGAGAUUGAUAUUUAUUUACCAGAAGGUACAUGGCAUGAUGAAAUCAAUCAUAAAGAUUGGGAUGGAAAACAAUGGCUGAAAUCUUACAGGGUUGAACUUCAUCAGAUUGCUACAUUUACACAGGCUAGAACUAUUGGUACAUAGAGGAAAAUUGUUUAAUCUAUUGUUUAAUCUAUUGUGAAUUUGUAUUUUUAAAGUAAUUAAUUUUUAUCAUUGGUGCUAAGGAAACUAACAAACAAAAAAUGCAUAAUCAAAUUUGAACAUUUCUUUUUUAAUCCUAUAAGACAUGCUUGUGUUACAUCAAUUUGACUGUACCUGUACAUAUACUUUUAAUUCUUAGACUUAUUGGACUGACAAAAUUACCAGUUGAAAUCGUACAAAAUAAAGACUCCUGUAAUUAACCAUUUAUCAUAUAUUGAUCAUAAGUCAUGUUUGUAGGCUAGGUCAUCCAUAUCAUUUUGAAAAUUGUAAAAAAAAAAAGAUACUUCAGCGUUAGCAUGGUUUUGUCAAAGUAAAUUUGGUAAACACAAAAAGUGUGAAUACCAAUACACUUUACAAAUAUACAUGAUAUAACUUUUCAUGUUUAUAUUGUUGUAAUCACGUCAUCUAAGCAUGCUUAUUCUUUUCUGAAAUCUGUAAAAUUUAUGGAUAUAUAUAUAUAAUCCUUCCCCAGAUACAUGAAAAGGUACUUGCCCUUACACAUGUUAAAUAAUACUGUGGAGAGAAAAUGAAAAUAUGCAGAGUUUAGAAUUUUGAACAGUUCUGGUUUUGAACAUCUUUAUAGAGGGCAUUAUAGAUCAACAGACAUGACAGGGUAAUAUACUGUUAAUGUAAAAAGUCGAAAUAUUUCUGUGAUAGUGUAAAUGUAUCAAGUACUUUUGAAGGGGAGGGGCAAGAUUUUAUUUUUAGGUGAGAAGUAUUUAGGUAUGUUUAUACAUAAUUUGUUAUUGUGUAAUACCACCAUAACUUGUCUCAUAUCAUUCUUUGUAAAAUCAACCCUUUUAAAAAAAUUAUUACCAGUUUAGCAUGGUUUAAAUAAAAUCACACUCUUUUUCCAAGAAAGCAGAGAUAUGGUCUACAAACAAUCCAUGAAGGUGUCAUACCACCAAAACAAUGAUGUAACCAUAUAGUGGUAGUACAUAAUUUAUAAUUUAAACAGUCAUGACAGUAUUACCCUGCCAUGGAAUGUCAAUGAAAAGAGACAAAGUUUAGGAUUUAAAAUUUUAAAAGAGGGCAAUUUAUAGAUCAACAGACAUGACAGGGUGAUACUAUUGCUGUUUAAUACAUCUGGUCAAAUGUAGAGCAGUUUCAGGUCAAAAGUUGAACAAAAGCCAAAGGUCAUCACAAUGAUUUUAGCAAGGGCUAUUUCAUACUUACAACAAUUAAGUAGAUCAAAUAAAAAAGGUUUGUAAGUAAUAAACAAUUAACCCAUAUGAAAUGUUUCCAGUUUAUAACAACAUUCACGAAAUUCUUUUUUCUAGGCCUUAUAUAAACUUUUAUAAUGAGUGAUUCAUUCAAAUAAAGGUAUAUUAUAGCAUAUGACUGAAUUGAUUGUUUAUGUUAAUAUCUAGUUUCCGUUUUUUGGAAAUAUGUUGCAAUUUUGAUACUUUUGUUGAUUUAAUCAGUUUAUGUAAUUAACAAUCAAUAAACUAGGAUAGUUAGUUAUGUAAUGACGCUGUUUAUAUAUAAUGCAAAAUGUAUGUGAUAUCUUUGAUAACAUUUUAAAUUUACCCAUCUAAAUUUUAAGUUCACAUAUUGUAUAAUGUGGCAGUAACUAUACAUGUUAUUAUGAAUUAUAAUACUACACACACAUGCACAAUCAUUAUAAUUUAUGAUAAUAUAAAGAACCAUAACUAAUACAUGAGAGAU